CCUCUGACGUCACUCUUGAUCGCACCACUGAGGAGCUUUUUCAGGGUUUUUGUUCUAACACGUUUUACUCGUCUAGCUCGUCCGCCUGCGAUCGGGUGACGGCAGCGCACUACUCUGGGCGGAGGAGCGAAGACACCACCAUUUCCCAAAUGGCACAAAACCACAUGCUGGGAAAUGGUUCAAAUGACUUUGCCGUUCCUCUCUUGGAGCGCGAUGUCUGCUCUGCUAACAACACUUCAGAGGAGCCGCAAGGCAAACAUCUGUGGCGCAGAGCAGAGGCCGGCAAAUGGAUGCCAGUGUUGUUUGUGGGGACGUGCCUGUUGUACUGUGCCCGGAUGACGAUGCCCGUUUGUGUGGUGGCGAUGGCAGCCGCAUUCCGCUGGAACAAGAUCGACUCUGGCCUGGCCCUGGGUGGAUUCUUCUGGGGCUACUCGUGCACUCAGAUCCUGGGUGGUCAUGCGAGUGACAAAAUUGGAGGGGAGCGAGUCCUGCUCUUCUCAGCCAUAUCGUGGGCGGUGGUCACAGCAGGCACGCCAGCAUUGGCCCACUUUGGCUCUCGCACCCUGGCUCUCAUGACCAUGGCCCGAGUCUUCAUGGGAAUACUGCAAGGUGUAUUCUUCCCAUCUUUGGCCAGUCUGAUCGCACAGCGUGCACCGGAAGGGGAGAAGAGCUUUUUAAACAGCAUCAUGCAGAGCGGUAGCUCUCUUGGAAUACUGUUAGCAGGCUUGCUGGGCUCCGUACUGCUGGACCGGUAUGGUUGGGAAAGUGUAUUCUAUGCUGUUGGUCUUCUGUCUGGAUUCUGGGCGCUCGUUGUGUGGCAGUGUUUUCUGAAAGGCAAAGCUUAUCCAAAGCAGAAAGAAGGAAGAGAUGACUCCCAAUCAAGGAGUUUUGCAUGUACACAUCUGCUGAGCCUCUUCAAAAAACCAUGCGUCUGGGCCAUGGUGUUGGCUCACCUGUGCACAUGCGGCACCUCCUACACAUUACUCUCAUGGAUGCCGACAUACUUCCAUGAAGAAUAUCCCCACGCCACGAUGUGGGUGUACAAUGUGUUCCCUUGGGCGGCUGCCAUUCCGGCGGCGCUUUGUGGCGGAUAUCUCUCCGAUUCGCUCAUCAGCCAAGGAUACAGUGUCGCGUUUGUGAGAAAGUCCAUGCAAUUCAUCGCCAUGGGUGUGUCCAGCGCUUUUGUCUUGCCACUGUCUGUCAAGGUGUCCUUUCCCAUCGCCGUCAUCUGCAUCUCUGCUGCGAUGGUUGCACUCUCCUUCACCAGCUGUGGUGCAUCUGUGAAUGUCCAGGAUCUCACUCCUUCACGGGCCGGUGCCCUCUUUGGCUUCAUGAAUAUGCUCGGAGCUUUCACGGGUGUGUUGAUGGUGUCGCUGUCGGGUUAUAUGAUUGAAGUGACCCAGUCGUGGACGUCAGUGUUCUACCUCAUUGCCUUUGUCCACUGCUUAGGCCUCGCCGUCUUCCUCUACUUUGGAGAUGCCCAACGGGUCGACGUCUAAGCUUUCAUUUGAAAAAGAAUAGUGUGUGUGUGUGUGUGUGUGUGUGUGUGUGUGUAUACAUAUAUAUAUUGUGGAAGUAUGAGCCUAAUAAUACAACCACAAAUAUAUAUAUAUAUAUACACACACACAUACAUGCAGUAUACAUAUCUAUCCUCUUUUUGUGAGAGGGAAGGAAUUUCAUCUGUGCUGUUUGUUGCACAUACAGCACAUUUGUCAAUAAAGUUGUACUCGAUACUUGACUUGAGAUAUAUUUAAAUAUAUAUAUGUAUAUAUAUUAUAUAUAUAUAUAUGAGAGAGAAAGAGAGAGAGAGAGAGAGAGAGAGAGAGAGAUGAAAAGUGGUGCUUGCUUGAAGCUUGCCUUCAAAUAAAUUAUAUUCAAUGUCUACUUGCAUCCUCCUCGUAUUCCUGAAAUUUUAGCCAGACUUAAAUGAAACUGUUUUGCUGUGGAUGCACUUCCCUCAGAUGGAUGCCCGGUGCCGACUACCCGCUGGUCACGCCUCUACUUUGAAACACUAACUCGGGUUUAAAAUCAUAAUUUCAAACACUACUGAGUGUUUAGAACCCUACUUUGAAACUCAAACCAAAGUUUAAAAUCCUACUUUGAAACCUUGUCAUUUAAUACACUAAUUUAUGACCUGAACCUAAUUUAAAACCCUACUUUGAAACUAACCCUAGGAGAAAAUACCACUUUGACACACGGACUCUAUUUUUAAACACUAAUUUGAAACCUUCACGAUUAGGUUGACCAACUAUCGCGCGUAGCAAGUGCACAUACAGCUUUUGAAGCUCAAUCCAUGUGUUCUUCAAAUUGAGGCCGUGUCCUGCAAAAUCAAUUCUUGCUCUGAUACCGGACUUGGCAAACAAAUCAAUAUUAUUUCUUCCGCAAAGUAUUAAUUUGAUGUUUAAAUAAAACAUUUAUAUUGGAA